AUGACUUCCUCCAUACCUUUGCUGUUAGCAUCCUCAGCUCCCGCAACCACCAGGGCCAGACUAGUCGAAUGGUCUUCACAAGCCGAAGAGCAGGUUGCUCGAGCGCUGCACCAGCCUCGUGUCGGUGUGCUCGGAAUUGGGGAAGGAGCGCCUGGCGCUGAAACACUUUUACGAUUUGUUCAAGACAAUGUUGACGCAGUUGAUGUUCCCUGGCUAGACCAUACACCCAAGCCCACAUACCAUUCCGUCAACAUCCAAACAGUCGAGUCAGUUUCCAAGCCCAAGGCCACACUCCAAAAUCGGAACCGAAAGAAUCCCGGAGACGGCUGA